AUGGUGGCCGAGGAACAUGUGGCGCCAUCAAAAUCAAAUCUCAGUUUUUCGUUUGAGGUUUCUGAUGAUGAUGAUGAUAUUAAUGAUGAUGAUGAUGAUGAUGAUGAUGAUGAUGAUGAUGUGGAUUUUCGUAUGUUUGUACCAUCGAAGGAGCCGGCCAAUGAGGUUGUGAUUUCUCCAGCUGAGACAGAGAAAGAAUCAAUAUUUUCAAGCAACCAAACGAUCCUACACCCAAACAAAUGGAAACCCUUAUCGAACAAUUACAGUCAACUGCAAGGAAGCCUCCCCAAGCAGUUCAUGUUACUACUCAGUCUCCAUCUGGGAGUCAUAAAGACGUUUCAAAUGCCUCCCUGA